AUGGAGCGACAGCAGCAAGAUGAUGGCAUAGCGGCGAUCGCAGAGCGCUGGGGAGACAUGGUUCUGGAAGACGAGGAGGAUGGGGUUGAUGCGGGCGGUGCGUAUGAGCCGGCGCCGGGAGAUGGGGGGGGGGUGGUUUAUUCGGUAGUUGGCCAUUUUUUGACCAAGAAACUAAUCAAAGUGGAGUAUAUGCGGCAGGUUUUAGCAUCGGUAUGGCAGCCGGUGUUUGGAAUGCGGGUAACGGAAUUGCACUCGAAUUUGUUCUUAUUUGCUUUUUAUCACGAAACUGAUAUGGUGCGAGUACUGGAGGAGGGGCCGUGGUCCUUCGAUAAUCAUACGUUGGUGUGUCGCCGGGUCCCUGCUGGUUAUCUCCCGGGGGAGGUUAAAUUGGAUACCCUGGAUAUGUGGAUACAAGUCUAUGAUUUGCCGUUGGGUUAUACAUCUAAUGUGGUGCUUGAACAAGUUGGGAAUUUUGUGGGAACAUUUAUUCAUUGUGAUGACCGCCGUGUUGGGGGACCGGUCAAGACUUUCUACCGGGUACGGGUCGCAGUUCCGGUUGACAAACCGUUAAAGCGGCGUAUGAAACUCAUACGGCGUGAUAAGACAUGGGGUUGGGUUAAUUUGAAGUAUGAACGCCUACAUAAUUUCUGCUUCUAUUAUGGCAUAUUGGGACAUCUUGAAAAAUUUUGUGCGAAGGCCAGGGUUUCGGGAGUCAACCGGGAGCAUUACCCGUAUGGCGACUGGAUGAGGGCGGGCCAAACCAGGGGACCGAGGCAAGUAGGAGCCGCCUGGCUGCUCCCGCCGGUGGAGGCCGUACCACCACAACCGAACCGUCUGCCUACGGUGGUGGAAGGUGCAGCGUCUUCGGAUGACUCCCAGGGAGAUGUUCGGAUGAUGGGGGCGCAGUGUGAGCCGGAGGAGGGUGUGGAAGCCUCGUCAAAACGACGUCGUGCGACCACGAAUGUUGAUACUGAUGAGCUUAGUAGGCCGAGUGAUAUGGGGGAAGACAGCGGUUUAAAAAACUUUUUUAUGGCGGGUCUAGGUUCCCAGACCCGCCCGAUCCAAUGA